AUGAGCCGCCAGCAGCACCACCGGCCCGCCGGCGAGCGUCCGGGCUUCAGCGGCUGCUCGGCUAUCAUCGCGGGCCGAGUCAGCGGCAGCUCUGCCUCCUUCAGGGCGGGCGUCAAGAGCACGGCCACCUUUGGCAGCAGAAGCUUGUUCAGCCUGGGGGGCGGCCGGCGCUUGGCCCUGUGCGCCGCAGCAGGGCGCGGCGGCGCCUACGCGCUGGGCCACUGCUCCAGCACCGGCGGCCGGCUGGGCGGCUUUGUGGGCACCAUCUUCGGCAGCGCCGGGCUGGGGCCCGCGUGUCCGUCCGUGUGCCCCCCUGGCGGCAUCCCUCAGGUCACUGUCAACAAGAGCCUCCUGGCCCCUCUCAACGUGGAGCUGGACCCCGAGAUCCAGAAGGUGCGCGCCCAGGAGCGGGAGCAGAUCAAGGCUCUGAACAACAAGUUCGCCUCCUUCAUCGAUGAGGUGCGGUUCCUGGAGCAGCAGAACCAGGUGCUGGAGACCAAGUGGAACCUGCUACAGCAGCUGGACCUGAACAACUGCAGGAAGAACCUGGAGCCCAUUUACGAAGGCUACAUCAGCAACCUGCGGAAGCAGCUGGAGGUGCAGACAGGCGACAGGGUGCGCCUGGACUCAGAGCUGAGGAACAUGCAGGAUUUGGUGGAGGACUACAAGAAGAGGUAUGAGGUGGAGAUCAACAGACGCACCGCUGCUGAGAAUGAGUUUGUGGUGCUUAAGAAGGAUGUGGAUGCCGCCUACAUGAACAAGGUGGAGCUCCAGGCCAAGGUGGACUCCCUGACUGAUGAGAUCAAAUUCUUCAAGUGCCUCUAUGAAGGGGAGAUCGCUCAGAUGCAGUCCCACAUCAGUGACACAUCUGUCAUCCUGUCCAUGGACAACAACCGGGACCUGGACCUGGACAGCAUCAUUGACGAGGUCCGUGCCCAGUACGAGGAGAUCGCCCUGAAGAGCAAGACCGAGGCUGAGGCCCUAUACCAGACCAAGAUCCAAGAACUGCAGGUCACAGCUGGCCAGCACGGGGAUGACCUCAAACUCACCAAGGCUGAGAUCUCAGAGCUGAACCGUCUGAUCCAGAGGAUCCGCUCAGAGAUAGGGAAUGUGAAGAAGCAGUGCUCUAACCUGGAGACGGCCAUCGCCGAUGCCGAGCAGCAGGGUGACUGUGCCCUGAAGGACGCCCGGACCAAGCUGGACGAGCUGGAAGCUGCCUUGCACCAGGCCAAGGAAGAGCUGGCCCGGAUGCUGCGGGAGUACCAGGAGCUCAUGAGCACGAAGCUGGCCCUGGACGUGGAGAUCGCCACCUACCGCAAGCUGCUGGAGGGAGAGGAGUGCAGGAUGUCCGGAGAACACCCUAGUUCCGUGAGCAUCUCUGUGAUCAGCAACACUGGCGCUGGGGCAGGAGGAGCUGGCUUCAGCCUGGGCUUCGGUGCCUCGAGCGGUUACGGCUUCAAACCCGCGGCUGUGGAUGUCAAAACCAAAGGCAGCUGUGGCAGCGAGUUCAAGGAUCUCCUGCCCAAGACCUCAGGCAGCAGCUGUGCCACCAAAAAGACCUCGAGAUGAAGGGCUGGCAGCAGUGGGCUCUGUGUGCAGAAAGCUGCAGAGCCCAUCUGCUCCACCCCCCGCCCCGCUCCCACCUUGUCCCGGCCCUGAGGUGCUUCCUCUGUAGCCCCAAUCCCUGUGGUCUGGGUGGCGCUCGCUUGUUUGUGGGAAGUCCAGUCAGGGGUGCUCUCAGUGACCUCCUUCUGGGUCAUUUAUCAUGGGGUCGCAG